UUUUAAAAGAGAAAGCCUUUAAAUAGCAAAGUCACUGAACUGGCCGAGUCAAAAGCUCCAUAAAUCUGCUUUCGUUCUCUGCACGUACUGAAUGGAGUCCCAGCUUCCCCUCCCCCAUGGGAGGAGUCUCGCUGCCACGCUUUGGCUUCUUCUCAGCAUCGCUGCCAUAGCUCUUGUUGCCUGCUCCAUGUCCGAUGUGCAGGGUGCUCAUGGGAAUGAAACCGACCGAUUUGCUCUGCUGGACGUCAAGGCCAAUAUAAUAAUUGACCCACUCGGUGUCUUGAGCUCAUGGAACUCCAGCCACCAUUUCUGUCAGUGGUAUGGAGUUACUUGUGGCCGAAGGCACCAGAGAGUCACAAAAUUGGACUUGCAAUCGCAAGAGCUGUCGGGGACAAUUUCCCCGCAUAUUGGGAACCUGAGCUUCCUGAGGGUGCUCGAUCUCCAGAACAACAGCUUCGAUUCAAGGAUUCCCCUUGAAGUAGGUCAUCUGUCAAGACUGCGGCAUUUGUAUCUCAAUAACAACUCGCUCAGUGGACCAAUUCCUCCCAGCCUGUCCAGUUGCUCCAAUCUCCUCAACAUCAGCCUCCAUUACAACAGGCUUCAGGGGUACGUUCCUUCAAAUCUCAGCUCCCUCUCCAAGCUCAGAGUACUUUGGUUGUGGCACAAUGGUUUGAGCGGAGAGAUCCCACUUUCGGUUGGAAACUUCUCAUCUUUAGAGUCUCUUCAUUUGGGAGAUAAUAUGCUUAGGGGUACGGUUCCGGAUACUCUCAGCAACUUGAGAAACUUAAAGUAUCUUGCUCUUGCGCAAAAUAAUUUAGUUGGAAAUUUUCCUUCGUCAGUCGCCAACAUUUCUUCCAUGGAAGAUCUUGAUUUGGGUCUUAACCAAUUGAUGGGUACCUUGCCGUUGGACUUGGGCAUCACUCUUCCAAAUCUCCAAUUUUUCUCGGUAACGGAUAACCGGUUCACUGGAUCUAUCCCCCAAUCAAUAUCCAACAUGUCCCAAGUAAAUGUAUUUAUAAUUACAUCCAAUAGGUUCACGGGGGAUGUUCCGUCUUUCCGAAAGAUGAGUAACCUCGACUUUUUCGCUAUUGGUGGAAAUUAUCUGGGAAGGGGGCAAGCCAACGACCUCGACUUCCUCUGCUCCUUGACAAAUUCCACAAAUCUCAAUAUUGUUGACAUAGGUGAUAACAAUUUCGGAGGGGCAAUGCCCAAAUGCAUCGGCAACCUGUCCAUCACUCUUUACAUGUUCGUGUUGGAACAAAAUGCUUUAUCUGGAACCAUGCCGAGUAGUAUUGGGAAUCUCAUACAUCUGGAGGCUUUUUCAGUGUCUGCCAACAAUUUUUCAGGUAGCAUACCUCCCGAAAUUGGAAAUCUCAAAAAAGUGAAGGAAUUCUAUCUCGAUGAAAAUAUGUUCACCGGAGAGGUCCCACACACCCUCGGGAAUUUGUCAAUGUUGGUUUACCUGUCCAUGCGCAAAAACAAUCUUCUGGGCACCAUACCUUCCUCUUUGGGCAAGUGUCAGAGCUUAUCAUUUCUAGAUCUUUCAGAUAACAAGCUUGCUGGUGCCAUACCCCCCGAGAUUAUGAGCCUCUCUUCUCUAUCAAUCUAUGCCAGUUUCUCGUUGAACAAUCUAACAGGCGAGCUUCCUGUGGAAAUAGGGAAUCUGAAAAAUCUCGGCAAAUUAGAUCUCUCGGGGAACAAGUUGUCAGGAAAAAUUCCAAGUAGUUUAGGUAGUUGUACGUCGCUGGAGUACUUGUACAUGGGGGAUAACAUGUUUACAGGUCCCGUCCCUUCAAGUCUGAGUUCCUUAAGGGGGAUUAAAGAAUUAAAUCUCUCCCACAACAGGCUCUCAGGCCAAAUUCCCCAUUUCUUGGAGGAUCUCAACCUUACAAGUUUAGAUCUGUCUUUCAAUAAUCUUCAGGGCAAUCUGCCUACGGGAGGAGUUUUUGCAAAUACAAGUGCAACCUCAGUUCUGGGAAAUGAGAAGCUUUGUGGGGGUCUACCUGAAUAUCGGCUUCCCAAAUGUAAGUCAACCGGUAGAUCAACUAAUGGCAGAGUGAGAAAUGUUUCUAUCUACACGGUGUCGGGGAUUUUGGCAAUAGUGUUUAUGCUCUCGUUAGUUUGUUUCCUCUGGAAUAGGAAACAGAGGAAAACAGUCGCUUCUAGCUCCUCAAACGACCGGUUUCUGAAAGUUUCAUAUCAAGACCUACUGAAAGCAACGGAUGGGUUCUCCUCUGCCAAUCUGGUCGGGACCGGUAGUUUUGGAUCAGUGUUUAAAGGGGUUCUUGCUUUGGAUCAGACAACCAUUGCCGUGAAAGUGCUUAAUCUUGAUCGUCAUGGUGCAUCGAAGAGCUUCAUUAAAGAGUGCGAGGCCUUGAGAAACAUCAGGCAUCGAAAUCUUGUUAAGGUACUCACGGCAUGUUCGGGCACCGAUUACCAGGGCAAUGACUUCAAGGCCUUGGUAUAUGAGUUCAUGGUCAAUGGGAGCUUGGAUGAGUGGCUGCAUCCACGAGUUGGAACGAGUGCAGAGGGAGAGGUUAUACCGAGGCAAUUAGGUCUUCUCCAGAGGGUGAAUAUUGCCACAGAUGUUGCUUGUGCUUUAGAUUAUCUCCAUCAUCAAUGUGAAACACCCAUAGUUCACUGCGAUCUUAAGCCAAGCAAUGUCCUCAUUGACGGUGAAAUGACUGGGCAUGUAGGUGAUUUUGGGUUGGUCAGGUUCAUGCCAGGAACUACUAGGGAGCUGAUUUCUGAGCUGACAAGUUCUAUUGGAGUAAAAGGAUCUCUCGGCUAUAUUGCGCCCGAGUAUGGAGCGGGGGCUGAGGUGUCAACUAAUGGAGAUGUUCACAGCUACGGCAUCCUCGUGCUGGAGAUGUUCACAGGGAAGAGGCCCACCGACAACAUGUUUAGUGAUGGGCUGAACCUUCAUCUCUUUGCCAAGGCAGCCUUUCCGGAGCGAGUUCUGCAGAUAAUUGACCCUCUCUUGCUCCAAGAGAGUCACGACGAGGAUGAUGGCCUAGACAUCAGGAGAACUCGAAGGAGCCACGACAGGUUCCUUAAGAUUCAAGAGUGUCUGGUCUUGAUAGUGGAAAUAGGAUUGGUCUGUUCUUCCGAAGUUCCAAUUGGCAGGAUGAGCAUGAGAGACGUUGCAGCUGCUCUGCAGGCAAUUAGGAAGAAGCUUACCGGAAGCUGAGGAUAUUGAAGACAGUAAAAGAUGCAGUCCAUGUUGUGAUGUUGUGGUUCGACUCUAAUUCCACUAUUACAGAUGCUUCCUUUUUCUCAUGAGCUGGUUGUGAAUCUUGUGAUGUUGUUUGAUGUCUCAUCGCAGAUUUCUGAUUUUUCUUUUACUAAACAAACGUUUAUAAUGGCUUAGCUACCAAUAUCUUUGUAUAUAUUAGACACUUUUAGAACCAAAUAUAAUGUCUUGUGACUGUAAACUCUUCCGAGCAGAACAAAAUUUAGGUAGUCAAGUCAUGACUAGAGGGACCACUAACGGUAACAGCAUCUCCAUGUUUAUGUUCAACACAAGGCCGGCCGAGAAUGACCCCUGCGAGAGUCCGCAUUGGUUCUUCUUCGAUUCCAUAGAGAGCGAGAACAAGGAUGUCUUUGUUACGACUUACUCUAGAAGAGCAAAGCAUCGGCUCAGGCCUUGCUCACUUGGAACCACUCUGCAGAUCGUAUCAACAAAGUUCAGGUGUUUUCUCCUGCGAAAACACUCUUAGAGGUAAUUAGAAACCAUCGACAUUUCAUCUUUCUUACAUCAAAAUCAUUUUUUCCCGAUCACUUGGUAGAUAGGAUUAUUACAGCCUGUUUUGGAAGUUCGCUUUUGAACCGAUAUUAUAGUUGGAUGAGCUAGGACGAUCUGGUUCUUGAAAUGUAACCCUCUAAGAGUUCACAUUUUGUUGUUAAUACCCCAAAAGAUCUAUUGAACAAGUUGUUAUAGCCACACCAACACCGAUACUCCGACCAACCUCAGCCACGUCGUGUUCGGGAUUGUUGGUUCCUUGAAAACAUGGAAAGGCAGGAAGGCUUA